CUUAUGCCUUUCUUCCUAACCCAGCUAUUUUCAUCAAUUGCUAUUUCUCUCUCUCUCACUCUCCUCUUCUCUUUCUCUCUCUCUGCGGCUUGCGUAAAUCGCCCAUCAACCAUGUCAGCUGAAUCUGCAUCUGCAAUUCCCAAAGGCCAAGUUGAUUUGCUGGACUUCAUAGACUGGUCUGGAGUUGAAUGCCUUAAUCAGAACAGCAGCCAUUCCAUUUCCAACGCCCUCAAGCAGGGAUACAGAGAAGAUGAGGGUUUGAAUCUGGAGAGUGAUGCUGAUGAGCAGCUUCUUAUUUACAUACCAUUUAACCAAGUUAUUAAACUUCAUUCCAUUGUUGUCAAAGGUCCUGAGGAGGAAGGUCCUAAAACUGUGAAGCUUUUUGCUAAUAGGGAACACAUGGGGUUCAGUAACGUCAAUGAUUUUCCUCCAAGUGACAUGGCUGAAUUAUCUGUUGAUAAUCUUAAGGGAAAACCUGUCACAUUGAAGUAUGUUAAGUUUCAAAAUGUUCGCAGUGUGACAAUUUUUAUUGAGGACAAUCAAUCUGGUACUGAUAUUACAAAAGUUCAAAAGAUUCUUCUGUAUGGAACAACGGUGGAGACAACAGAUAUGAAGGGUUUGAAGAAGAUUGAGGAUCAUUGACCUCGAGAAAGCACGGGUCUACAAGAAAAUCCAUACUUCGAUUUCUCAUUUUGAAGCAAGCAUUUUCGUUACCAUUGUUAUGGUGUACUAUAUGCAUCAAGUUCUACGAAAUUAUAUGCCCUAAGAAACAGUCAGCACCAGAUACCAUUACAAAAGAAUUCACAACUUUGGGCAGUUGAAAUCUGGAAGAAAAUUUUAAAUUUGUACACUUAUUUUCACCUCUCUGAGAUUCUUUCUUGUAUGUUGUUAGUUGUGUGUAUUGCAGGAGAAGAAAGCUAGCUGGGUUGCUCCCACAACCCACAACCCUACCAUUCAGCCAGCAUUAACUUUUGGUGAAGAUUAUUUUAUAAUAAUGCCUCCAGAAUCCA